AUGGGAACUACGAAACCUCGCCCUCCCCCGAAAGCUUCCGUCGUGCAAAUUCAACCUUUACCGGACAAGACCUUCAUUAUCGACAAUGGUGCGUAUACAAUGAAAGCAGGAUAUGCGCCAGACUUCCCGCCCCUUGAUGAUAUAACCAAAGCAAUUUCUGCCUGUAGUGCUAUCCCGAACGCGCUCACAAAAACUCGCGGGAACCAGGUUUAUGUCGGGUCUCAGCUCAGCACUCAUGUCACCGAUUGGAAUGAACUGAUGUUUCGUCGCCCGGUUGAAAAAGGGUACAUCGUUAAUUGGGAGGCGCAGAAGGAGAUAUGGGAGCACUCAUUUUUUGAUGAGAAGGUAGUACGGGCGAAGGAGCUCCGGAUUGCAAGCCCAGAGGAGACCACUCUUUUGCUCACUGAGGCCCCAAAUGCUCUGCCUGCUUUACAGAAAAAUGCGGACGAGAUUGUGAUGGAGGAAUGGGGGUUUGGGGGUUAUCUACGAACUAUAGGCCCGUCGAUGAACGCUUGGAAUGAAGUUCAGUCUAUAUUUGGGGAUCCUAUUCUGCAGAAGUCUAAUAUGGCUGUUUCUCCAACGGAGUGCCUACUUGUGGUAGACUCUGGAUAUUCUCACACUACGGUAACGCCACUCUACAAAGGCCAGCCUCUUCAGAGAGCCAUCCGGAGGCUCGACCUUGGGGGCAAGCAUCUUACGAAUUAUUUAAAGGAAGUAGUCUCAAUGAGACAGUACAAUAUGGUGGAUGAAACGUAUAUCAUGAACGAGGUCAAGGAGGCUGUGUGUUUUGUGAGCAACAACUACGCCAGGGACCUGGAGCAGACCUGGAAGGGCUACCGGAAACGCAACCAAGCCGCUGCUGGCGAAGAAGAUGUCACAGUCGACUAUGUACUGCCUGAUCCAAAUGUGGGUAAAAAGGGCUUUAUGCGUCCCCGUGACCCUUUGUUGAAUGUCAAAAAAAGAAAAGGUGCCCUUUCUAGUGGAGGUGCUGAAGUUUUGUCCGAAGAUAUUUUGGUCCUGGGAAACGAACGUUUUGCUAUUCCCGAAAUACUAUUUACCCCGAGUGAUAUCGGUAUGAAGCAGGCUGGUUUAUCAGACAUCAUCAUGCAGAGCCUUUCUGUCUUACCACCGGGAUUACACCCUGCAUUCCUGGCGAACAUCUUGGUUGUUGGGGGGACAUCUUUACUUCCAGGGUUUAUAGACAGGCUGGAAGCUGAGUUGCGCCAAGUAGCAUCGGCGGAAUGCGUCGUGAGGGUUCGGCGCUCUCAAGAUCCAAUUCGUUCCACCUGGCUCGGGGCAUCGCGAUUUGCUACUAAUAAGGAAGAGCUAAAGAAGGUUGCAAUCACCAGGCAGGAAUACCAGGAACAUGGUUCCUCCUGGGCGGCGAGGAAGUUCUCCGGCUCUUUGUAG